AUGGUGUAUGGAUUGGGAUCUAAUAUGUUUGGGCAGCUCGGUGGAGAAGACUUUGUAUUGGCUGUCAAUACGGAUAAUAAUGUGAUAUUCAGUUUUGGGAACAAUCAAUGGGGAGAAUUGGGAGAUAUUGUGGAUAUGGAUUAUGAUGUAUUCGGGUGGGGGUGUAAUGACGAGGGACAGGUUGGUUGUGGUGAUAAAAAAACUAACGAUAAGUUGAGUAAUUUAAUAUCAUUUCAAGAUUCAUUUGAUGUAAUAACUAAGCUUGGUGAGGGUGGCUAUGGACAGGUAUUUAAAGUUCUAGAUAAAUGUACCAAUGAAUACUAUGCAAUAAAGAAAUGUCUAUUAAAUGAAUUGUCAGAAAAAGAGAAACAAAAUGUUUUGAAUGAAACGCAAAGUCUUGUGAAACUUCGGUCAAAGUUUGUGAUUCAAUACUACUAUUCAUGGAUUGAAUGCAAUUGUCUUUACAUUCAAAUGGAGUUAUGUAUCGAUAAUCUCAACAAUGUUUUGGAAACUAAGAAAUCAUUGUUUACUGAAUUGAUGACUAUUUCUGAGUUUUAUAUAUCGUAUCAUAUAUUUCGUAAACUCACAACAUGUGUGCAAUAUUUGCACGAAAAGCAUAUCAUUCAUAGAGACCUCAAACCGGAUAAUGUGUUGAUUACAAGCGAUGGGUCGAUAAAGUUGUGUGACUUUGGUUUGGCUAAAGAGGUCCAAAAUUGUGAUCCGUUUCUUAUGUGUAAAGCCAAACAUACUGCAGAUUUUGGAAAUGUAUAUUAUAUAGCACCAGAAGCUCAGACUAAUGAAUACAACCAUUUAAUAGAUAUUUACAGUCUAUCCAUAAUUGGUUCACAAAUUUUUCGAUUCAAUACAAACGAUAUAAUGGAUGGAAAUCAAAUAGACUAUACUUAA